AUGCUGCCCACACCACCCUCACAGGUGCGCCACAACUACCACCCUGAGUGCAAGGCCGCCCUCAACAGCCUCGUCACCCUGGAGCUCCACGCCUCCUACGUGUACCAGGCCCUGGCCUUCAACUUCGAUCGCGAGGAUAUGGCCUUGAAGCCCCUGGCCCGCUGCUUCCUGCGCCGCUCCCACGAGCAGAGCGAGCGCGCCCAGGAGCUGAUGAGCCUGCAGAACCGGCGCGGGGGCCGCCUCCGCUUCCGCAACAUCAGGAAGCCCGACCUGGAAGCCUCGGGGGGCGGCCUCCAGGCCCUGCAGUGCGCCCUGCACCUGGAGAAGCGCGUCCACCAGAGCCUGCUCGACCUGCACCGGCUGGCCACCCACAAGAGCGACGCCCAGCUCUGUCACUUCCUCAAGAGUCGCUACCUGGACCAGCAGGUCGAGUUCAUCAAAGAGCUGGGGGACCAUGUCACCACGCUGAGCCAGAUGGGGGCCCCGGAGGUUGAGAUGGCCGAGUACCUCUUUGACAAGCUCACCCUGGGUGACAGCCACAAGAAGGACUGA